UUAGCCGUUCAGCGUUAAGUGACCAUGGUGAUUUACACUGCUAAGAAGUGAACUACCGCCGUAAACCCCAGAGCUAGACCGGAGGUUACCUCGCUAACCUCAAAUCCUGCUUCGUAGUACAGACCCCUGCUCAGACAGUCUGCUCCUGCUGGUAACGUUAACUUUUUAAAAUAACACUCGCGGUCAUGGACGGUGAAAGACUAUGCAAAGUACAAAACUUACUCGCUAGUGUUAGCUAACGUGCGUGGGAACACUACUGCUAACCUCCGCUAACAAAAACGUCAUAACGUUCUCCUCACCAUUCCAUGAUAAACCUUUUAUGGAAUCAUCCGGGGAUUUCACUCAUUUACACUAUCCUGCUAUGUUCGACCUACAGAUUUGAACUGCUGCGCCAUUCGGCCGCAUUCAAGCUCCGCCCCUCACGUGACUCGCUUCAGACAAAUCAGGAAACAGUUUGUUACUUUCACUGUGGAAAGCUACAUGAACUUAAACUCAAGCGAUCAGACUCACGUUCAGACUAAACAAAGAACGUCCUCUGAGUGAGUCCAGCUACAGGAGAGAAAAGAGAAAAACUACAACACUGCUGCUUCAACCUGCUGACUCUCCACACACUGAAGCUUCAUUCAGACUAAAUGGCUUCCAGAUCAGAGGAGGAUCUCUGCUGUCCGAUCUGUUGUGAAGUGUUUAGAGAUCCUGUUGUUCUGUCAUGUAGCCACAGCUUCUGUAAAGACUGUCUGAAGAGAUGGUGGAGAGAGAAACCAACACAAGAGUGUCCAGUUUGUAAGAGAAGAUCUUCAAGAGAAGAUCCACCUGUUAGUCUGGUGUUAAAGAAGCUGUGUGAGUCCUUCUUACUGGAGAGAGAUCAGAGAUCUUCAGAGGAUCUCUGCAGUCUGCACUCUGAGAAACUCAAACUCUUCUGUCUGGACCAUCAACAGCCAGUGUGUGUCGUCUGCAGAGAUUCAGAAAGACACACCAACCACAGAUUCAGACCCAUUGACGAAGCUGCACGACAGUACAGGAAAGAACUUCAGGAAACUCUGAAGAAGUGCAAGGAUUUUUUACAAGUUGAAGUGAAGCUUUAUAAAAUAGCAGAACACUUUAAAGUCCAGGCCCGACACACAGAGAGGCAGAUUAAGGAGCAGUUUAAGAAGCUUCACCAGUUUCUAGAAGAGGAAGAGGAGGCCAGGAUGGCUGCACUGAGGGAGGAAGAGGAGCAGAAGAGUCAGAUGAUGAAGGAGAAGAUGGAGGCUCUGAGCAGAGAGAUAGCAGCUCUUUCACACACAGUCAGAGCCACAGAGGACGAGCUGAGAGCUGAAGACGUCUCAUUCCUCAACAACUACAAGGCUGCAGUGGAAAGAGUCCAGCAGCGCCCCCUGCUGGAGGAUCACCAGCUGCUCUCAGGAGCUCUGAUAGACCAGGCCAAACACCUGGGCAACCUGACCUUCAACAUCUGGAACAAGAUGAAGGACAUGGUCUCCUACAGUCCUGUGGUUCUGGACCCAAACACUGCUCAUUCAGGACUGAUCCUGUCUGAAGAUAUGAGCGGUCUGAGCCCAGGAGAGAAACAACAGCUUCCUGACAAUCCAGAGAGAUUUGAUCCGUACCGCUUUGUCCUGGGCUCUGAGGGGUUUAACUCAGGGACUCACAGCUGGGAUGUCGAGGUUGUAGAGAACACAAACUGGUCACUGGGUGUGUCAGCAGAGUCUGUCCACAGGAAGGGAGACAUACGGUCUGGAUUAUGGAGAAUAGGGUUCUAUGAAGGUAAAUACUCAGCAUGGUCACCACCAGCUCCAGUCAUUGACCUCCAGCAGAAGAAGAAGCUCCAGAGGAUCAGAGUGAAUCUGAACUGGAACAGAGGAAAGUUGUCGUUCUCUGAUCCUGAUACUAACACACACAUAUACACCUUCACACACACUUUCACUGAGAAACUGUUCCCAUACUUUUACACUUGGGAUGACGAUAAAUUCCCAGUGAAGAUCUCACCACUGAAGGUCUCUGUGACAGUGGAUCAUUAACACAUUAUUCCAAAGGUUUGUUUAUUUUUAUUUUAGUUCUCACUAUUUUUCCUAUUUGUACUUUUGUAGAUUAACAGUUUACUUUUUAAUCUUUCAUUGAACUUUUCAUGUGUGUUAAAAUGAUUUCUCUUGUUUUCUGAUCUUUAAAUUGGGUUUGUUUAGCUUUUUUGAUGGACACUAUUGUUUUAGAUGAUAGUUAUGUCGUUAUUAUUGUUAUUUUGACUUUGUGUGGAGCCAUGAAAACCAGGUAACUGAUGGAUUAUUUGUAAUAGAAUAUUUUUAUAGUGUAAUAUUUCUACUUUUACUAUAGUGAAUUUACUAAAUACUUCCACCUUUGACAUUUAAAUAGAAACAUUUUGUAGCUUCUCUAUGCUAGAAGGAAAAAUAAUCUUGGAGCAUUUUAUUCACUGUAAAUCAGAAGCAAACAGAUGGAAGAUAGGAUCAGUGAUCCGUACUGAUUGGUCAUCUUAUUGUAAUCAGUCCUGUAUUGCAGACUCAUAAUUUCCAUCCUGUAGCUUCUCCAGCAGCAACACUUUGUCUGUGAAGAGUGAAAUAAAAAGAAACGAUGCAUAA